UAGUUUUUACGACUUUUCUGCGCGAGUGAGCGUUGUUUGUGCUGUGGUGAUUGAAAUUUUUUUUGGAAAUAUUGCUGGAAAAUCGAUGAUAUUUCUAAUUGCAAAUAUUAGAAUUGAUAUAAUUUAAAGAAAAAGUGUCUUAUUAAAGUGAUUGUGAGUGUUUGAGGAUUUCGGGAAGUUAUAUACAAUUCGUUGAAAGUUUUGCGUGCAAAGUCAAAUAGUUACAUGUGUGCGUGCAAUGAAUGGAUAAAAUAAUCGGAAGAAAGAAAAAUAAGAACGCAUAAAAAGCAGAGAGAAAAGAGUAGCAGACGACGACAAAGGGAAGAAUCGCCAUCACCCAAGACAACGGCAUUUGAGCAACAGCAGAAUAAAUAAAAUUGAUACAAAUAUUAUAAUGGAAAUUUGCAAAAUAAAUAGUUGUAAAUACAUUUAAAUAAAUAAAUAAUCCAAAUAAUAGUCAAGCAGUCAUAUAUAUUUAUGUACGCGUAAGGAGUAUUGAUAGCAUUGGCAUUUAUUACAAGAUAAGAACUUGGAAAGAAUUACGCACAGUUAGGACGCGGCAGCAGUGAAAAUAACUUGCUAAGCACGAAAAAGGGAUACAUAGGUAUUCAUGCGUACAUACGUUUGCAUAUGCGGUAAGUAAGCAGCACCCUCGACGCCUAUGAUUAAUACUCGUAUCAUUUCGUCAAAGUACAUAAACUGCUCAUAAUCUAACGAUAGCUUGUAUUUAAACAAAUUUGGUAAAAUAAGCACCACAAAAAGAAAAAUUAACUGCCAUUUAAACCAGAAUACAAUAUAAAAUUAAAUAACAAACAACGACCUAAACAAAAAUAGGUCAUUAAAAAGCAAACAUUUAAAUAAGUCGUAUUAACUAAUAUCAGUUUAUACAGUUCCAAAAUGUGGAACUCCGAUACACGUUCACAGAACGGUGUGAGCAAUUCAUCCACUGGAUCGCCCAGUUAUGGCGGUUACAAUUCCAGCAACGGAAAUGGCAGAAAUGGUUCGCCACAUCAUCAGCAACAACAGCAACAGCAGCAAGUUAAGCAGCUGGGUAUGACAUCUGCCAUCAGCUUGGCAGAGCCACGUAGUGAAGAUUUACAGAAGACCGAAGAACUACGUAAAGCUUUAGAACCGUUUAAAGUGUUCGAAACUCAAGAUGAGCUUAAUCAUCGUAUGGAGAUUUUAGCCAAACUCAAUACGUUGGUCAAACAAUGGGUUAAAGAUGUGUCAAUGUCCAAGAAUAUGCCCGAGGCCGCUGCCGAAAAAUUAGGUGGCAAAAUUUACACUUUCGGUUCAUAUCGCCUGGGUGUACAUCAUAAGGGAGCCGAUAUUGAUGCGCUUUGUGUGGCGCCGCGCAAUAUCGAACGCACGGAUUAUUUUACUUCAUUCUUUGACUUGUUAAAGAAGCAAUCCGAAGUGACGGAGUGUCGUUCGGUGGAAGAGGCUUUUGUGCCGGUUAUAAAAAUGAAUUUUGAUGGCAUUGAAAUUGAUUUGUUAUUUGCGCGUCUCUCACUCAAGGAGAUACCGGAUGAUUUUGAUUUACGCGAUGAUAAUUUGCUGAAAAAUUUAGAUCCACGUUCGGUGCGCAGUUUGAACGGUUGUCGAGUGACGGAUGAAAUUCUAGCGCUCGUGCCAAAUAUAGAGAAUUUCCGUUUGGCGUUACGUUCCAUCAAGUUGUGGGCGAAAAAACAUGGCAUUUACUCAAAUUCUCUGGGUUACUUUGGUGGUGUGACGUGGGCUAUGUUGGUGGCGCGCACCUGCCAGCUUUAUCCAAAUGCUACAGCCUCAACGCUGGUGCAUAAAUUCUUUUUGGUCUUCUCCCGUUGGAAGUGGCCAAAUCCUGUGCUACUCAAGCACCCUGACAAUGUCAAUUUACGGUUUCCGGUUUGGGAUCCACGUGUAAACGCUUCGGAUCGCUACCAUCUAAUGCCCAUCAUAACGCCGGCAUAUCCACAACAGAAUUCCACAUUCAAUGUAUCGGAAUCUACAAAGAAAGUUAUACUUAAUGAAUUUAACCGCGGCAUGAUUACCACGGAUGAAAUAAUGCUUGGACGUGCUGCGUGGGAUCGUCUCUUUGAGGCGCCAAGUUUCUUUUACAAAUAUCGCCACUUUAUAGUGCUUUUAGUCACAUCUCAGACAGGCGAUGAUCAACUGGAGUGGUGUGGCUUAGUCGAAUCGAAGAUUCGUCUAUUAGUUGGUAAUUUAGAGCGUAAUCAACACAUUUCAUUGGCACAUGUAAAUCCAACAUGUUUCGACUAUAAGAAAACCGCUGCCACCACACAAACCAACAAUGGCAAUGAGGAAGACAAAACACAGCCGGGUGGCAAUCCAACAGUUUGUCAAGCACCAUUCUGUUCGAUGUGGUUCAUCGGUUUGGAAUUUGAACGCACCGAGAAUUUGAAUGUCGACCUUACAGAGAGUAUACAAAACUUUACCGAACAUGUCAUACAACAUGGCGUAAACAUAAAAAUGCUGAAAGAUGGCAUGCAUAUUGAGGCGCGCCAUGUGAAGCGUAAAUCGCUCUCGCAGUAUUUGGAUACGGAUUUUUUGAAGCGUGAACGCAAAUCCAUGGAACAGCAUAAUAAUUUUAAUAAUGCAAUUUUAGCGAAUCGCAAACGUUUGUCGACCGAAUUGUCUACACAGAAAGAGGGGGGUAGCGCUAAAAAGCCGCGCUUAAGUGAAUCGCAAACGGAGGAGAACUCAAAUGCGUCAAGUGAUGCCGGCGGCUUAACGCCGACCACACAGCCGACAAGCGCACCGAACUUCACACCCGACGCAAAGAGCACCAAUAACGGUGGUUCUGGCUCGGGCUCCGGUUCGAAUUCGCCACGCAACAGCAAUGGCAAUGGCGGUGGCAAUAGUGUCAACAAUCAAAACACAAAUAGUAAUAGCAGCAACAGUACAACAACAACACCAACAGCUGCAACUGCUGCUGCUAGCGCGGAAGUGGCCUGCUCGUGA